GAGGGAUGUUUCAGUGCUGGGCCAGGCUGAGGCCUUGGCGGCUGGGAGCCUGCUCCACCUUCCGGGAGAGGAGCCUGGCCAGCAGUCCCCGCCCGCCCACCCCCUGUCUAAGUCAACUGGCUUCUUCUGGCCGCCACCCGGCCUGGCGGUCUUCUCCGUUCUGGAGGGUGGGUGAUUUCCGCCUCUUGGUUCCUGCCAGCCAGCCUGCUUUGACCCUCUGGAGACCCUCCUCCCAAGAGCACUCGCGGGGCCCUCGACCGGAGCGCUAUUAUCCUCUGAGGACCCGCCUGCUGGUCUUCUCCCUUGUGACGCUCCAGCUGGUGCUGGCGUGGCUGUAUUUCCGGUCGGAGAAGGAGAAGCAGGACAAGCAGAAACGCAUUGAGGAGUUGAGGAAAGUGGCCGUCGGGCAAGGCAACUUCCAGCUGGUGGACCACACCGGCCGUCCUUGUUCCAAGGAGGACCUGAAAGGCAGCUGGAUCCUCCUUUACUUCGGCUUUACUCACUGCCCGGAUAUCUGUCCGGAAGAGUUGGAGAAGAUGAGCCGGGUGGUCAACAUGCUGGACGCAGACCCCAAACUGCCCCGUCUCCAGCCCAUCUUCAUCACCGUGGACCCUGAGCGGGAUACAGUGGAGGCCGUGGCCAAAUACGUGAAGGAGUUCCAUCCACGGUUGCGGGGGCUGACUGGCACCCCGGAACAGGUGAAGGAGGCUGGGCGGUCCUACCGCGUCUACUACAGCACUGGCCCCAAAGAUGAGGACAACGAUUAUCUGGUGGACCACACGGUCAUCCUCUACUUGAUCGCUCCGGAUGGGCUCUUCUUGGAUUUCUACAACCGCUACAAGACGGACGUGAAGAUUGCGGAGAACAUACGGGGACACAUGACCACUUACAAGACCCUCCUUGCCUGAGCCGGGGAUUAUGGGGUUGGAGAGAGAACCGGGGGAUGGGAGGGGCUUCAUUUGGGAGGCUCCAGGCCUUGCGAAAAGACAGGCCGUCGGGUUGUGCGUGGGUGGGUGUUUUUGCAGACUUGCGUGCUGUUUUGGAUGGCGGGUUGUGCGGGGAUUGUCGCGGUAACAAUAAUCACGCUUGGAAACGGAGUUUCGUAUCGUCUGUGUAUUCGACCAGCCUUUCCCUUUUUUAAAAAAA